UCAGAGGUGACACAUGGAAGAUUUCUUUGGGUUGUGUAUUUGUCAAAGUUCUCACAAGAAUUCUUAUAUUUUGUUAGGAUAACCAUUGAAAUGUCCCUGAACAAUCAUGCAAGUGGAAGUGGUGAGGACCAUGAUGGGGCUGACGGAGAUGCGUUCGGCGCAGGUGAUAUGCCAAGUCCCUCUCACACCUUCCCACCACGCAGCCCGACCAAGACAUCCCCGUCGAAGAAGACGAGGGCACGGGCACAUAGCAUUAGUACAGCAGCACGCAAAGAUACCACAAUGGUCCAGUCUGGGUCACGGACGAUUUAUACGGCUGGGAGACCGCCUUGGUACGAUUGCGAGGGACAAUUGAGAGAACCUUUUGUCAUUGGUCUAUGUGGUGGCAGUGCGUCUGGUAAGACCACUGUUGCAAGGAUGAUUAUAGAGGAUUUGGAUGUCCAGUGGGUCAGCUUGCUCAGUAUGGACUCGUUCUAUAAGGUGUUGUCUCCUGAACAACACGAGCUGGCCUGUCAGAACCAGUACAACUUUGACCAUCCUGAUGCAUUUGACUUCGACCUUAUGUUUGAUACUAUUCAACGGUUGAAAGACGGCAAGAGUGUUGACGUCCCAGUGUAUAACUUUACGACACACGCAAGAGAAAAACAUACGAAACGAAUCUAUGGUGCCAAUGUAGUAAUCUUUGAGGGAAUCAUGACCUUCACAAACCCAGAAGUCCUAAAAUUAUUAGAUUUGAAAUUAUUCGUCGACACUGACUCAGAUAUUCGCCUUGCUCGGCGGUUAAAACGUGACAUCACAGACCGAGGUCGCGACCUUGAGGGUGUCCUUCAACAGUAUAACACAUACGUCAAACCAGCUUUUGAACAUUAUAUCGCACCAACCAUGAAGAAUGCAGACAUAAUUGUACCGAGAGGUGCAGAGAAUGAGGUAGCGGUCAAUCUGAUUGUGCAGCAUGUGCAUAAAAAGCUGGAGGAGCGAGGCAAUACUCUGAGGUCUCAGCUUGCUAAUCAACAUCAUGCCAAGGAAAAAGGUCUGCCCACUUCAGUGUUCAUACUUGAAAACAAACCACAGGUGCGAGGGUUACAUACAUAUAUCAGAAAUCAGGAAACUCCUCGUGAUGAGUUCAUCUUCUAUUCAAAUCGAUUGAUGCGCCUCUUGAUUGAGCACGUAUUAUCGAUGCUGCCUUUCAAAGAGACAACAGUGAAUACCCCCCAGGGGACGACGUAUGUCGGCAAACGGUUGGACACGAAACAGAUCUGUGGUGUGUCGGUUCUCAGAGCGGGGGAGACGAUGGAGCCGGCCGUGUGUGAAGUCUGCAAGGAAAUACGACUUGGGAAAAUACUCAUUCAGACCAAUACGGACACCGGGGAACCAGAGUUACACUAUCUAAGACUGCCAAAAGAUAUUCAAGACCAGCACGUGUUAUUGUUAGACGCAACUGUAGCAACUGGUGCUGCCGCCAUCAUGGCGAUACGCGUAUUAUUAGACCAUGACGUACCGGAAGAAAAUAUAUUUCUCGUCUCAAUGAUCAUGGCGGAACAAGGUGCCCAUUCUGUGGCAUAUGCAUUUCCUCGUAUAAAAAUAGUCACGACAGCUGUUGACGCGGAAAUCAACGAAAAGUUUCAUAUCAUACCUGGAAUUGGUAAUUUUGGUGACAGAUACUUUGGAACGGAGUGGUGUUAGACAAGGCGACAGUCCUAACAAUAACAAUUUAUCAGUUCUGAGGCCAGGCAAUCUUCAUGUGCGGACAUAUCUGUUAAACCAGAAGAAUCUCAGAAUGGCAUGGAGUUCGAUUAUUCAUUAUUGUACAGUUGUGUUGUUAAUACAAAUGUAUGUGCAUGGUGUUAUGAGAUCUCAGUCUCCGGUUACAACGUUAACAGUCGUGGUGUAAAUAAUAAACUAAUGAUAAAGUUAAA